AGCUGCAGACACGUGAGCGACGUUGAAAGUGAAAAGUAUGAAGUCAGACUGGUCAGACUGGUCAGACUCCGUUUUACACUUCGACGGAGCAGGAGGAGGAAAACAGGACUGGAGAAGAUGAGUGAGGAAGAGGACAAGUCUUCAGUCUCCAGCUGGAGCGACUGGUCCAGAGACAGACCUCCAGACCUCAGUAAUGAACCUGGACCUUCAGACCCAAAAGGGAAGAGGAGAAGUUAUGUUCCUGUGGAGCAGCAGCUGUCCAGCUGUGCUCUGUGUCAGGACGUCCUGAAGGAUCCAGUCUCUCCCAGCUGUGGACACUGGUUCUGCAGACAGUGCAUCACCUCACACUGGGAGCAGAGCCCAUCAGGAGACCCCUGCUGUCCCCAGUGUGGAGAGAGAUGGAGCAUUGAACAAACAGAUAGUAGUCUGCAGGAGGUUUUAGAUGAACAUAGGCUCAGUCUGAGGAGGAGAUGUGAACGUGUGACUGAAGGAACUGAUGAAAGUGAAACCCUCCUCAACAGGAUCUUCACUGAGCUCUACAUCACACAAGGCCUGAGUGAAGAGGUUAAUACCCAACAUGAGGUGAGGCAGCUGGAGACAGCUUCCAAGAAAGAGACCCUCCAUGAAACUCCAAUCAAGUGCCAGGACAUCUUUAAAGCCUUACCUGACCAACAGAGUCUCAUCAGAGCGGUCCUGACCAACGGAGUCGCUGGAGUUGGAAAAACCUUCUCAGUGCAGAAGUUCACUCUGGACUGGGCCGAGGGUUUGGAAAACCAAGAUGUCAGUCUAGUGAUCCCGCUCUCCUUCAGGGAGCUGAACCUGAUCAAAGAUGAGCAGUACAGUCUUCUCAGGCUGCUCCAUGUUUUCCAUCCAACCUUACAGAAGGUCACAGCAGAGCAGCUGGCUGUCUGUAAAGUGCUGCUCAUCUUUGACGGCCUGGAUGAAAGCAGACUUUCUCUGGAUUUCAGAAACAAGAAGGUUGUGUCUGAUGUCUCACAGCAGUCCUCCGUCAACGUGCUGCUGACAAACCUCAUCAGGGGGAAGCUGCUUCCCUCAGCUCUCGUCUGGAUAACUUCCAGACCUGCAGCGGCCAAUCAGAUCCCUCCUGAGUGUGUGGACAGGGUAACAGAAGUACGAGGCUUCACUGACGCCCAGAAGGAGGAGUACUUCAGGAGGAGAUCGAGUGAUGAAGAACUGUCCAGCAGAAUCAUCUCUCACAUCAAGAGCUCCAGGAGCCUCCACAUCAUGUGUCUGAUCCCAGUCUUCUGCUGGAUCACUGCUGCAGUUCUGGACCACAUGUUGACUACAGACCAGAGAGGAGAGCUGCCCAAGACCCUCACUGACAUGUACUCACACUUCCUGCUGGUCCAGACCAAGAGGAAGAAGCAGAAGUAUGAAGAGGGACAUGAGAUGAGUCUACAGCAGCUGACGGAGGCUGACAGGGAGGUUCUUCUGAAGCUGGGGAGGCUGGCGUUUGAACAUCUGGAGAAAGGAGACAUCAUGUUCUACCAAGAAGACCUGGAGCGUUGUGGUCUUGAUGUCACCAAGGCCUUGGUGCACUCAGGAUUUUGUACAGAGAUCUUCAGAAGAGAGAGUGUCAUCUUCAAGAAAACAGUCUACUGCUUUGUUCAUCUGAGCAUUCAGGAGUUUCUGGCUGCAGUCUACAUGUUGCACUGUUACACCAACAGAGACACAGAGGUACUGAAGUACUUCCUGCAGGGAGACUGUGACUAUUACUUAGGUGAUGGCAGUGAUCAGGAUUACCCAUCCCUGGAUGCCUUCUUAAAGGAAGCCAUGAAGAAAUCCCUCAGAAGUGAAAAUGGCCACCUGGACCUGUUUGUCCGCUUUCUCCACGGCCUCUCUCUGGAGUCCAACCAGAGAAACCUAGGAGGCCUGCUGGGUCGCACAGACAACCGUCCAAAGAUCAUCCUGAGAGCCAUCAGCAACCUGAAGGAGAUGAGAAGUGAUAAAAUCUCUCCUGGCAGGAGCAUCAACAUCUUCCACUGUCUGACAGAGAUGAAGGACCUCUCAGUACAUCAGGAGAUCACAGAGUUCCUGAAGUCAGAGAACAGAUCAAAGGAACUCUCUGAGAUCCACUGCUCUGCUCUGGCCUACAUGCUGCAGAUGUCAGAGGAGGUUCUGGAUGAGUUGGACCUGAAGAAGUACAACACAUCAGGGGAGGGACGACGGAGACUGCUUCCAGCUGUGAGGAACUGCAGAAAGGCACAACUUUCUAACUGUGGACUCUCAGAGACUCACUGUGAAGUCUUGGCCUCAGCUCUGAAGUCGGACCCCUCCCAUCUGAGAGAUCUGCACCUGAGUGGCAACUAUCUGCAGGAUUCAGGAGUGAAGCUGCUGUGUUCUGGACUAAAGAGUCCAAACUGCAAACUGGAGAAUGUCACACUGGAGCUCUGCAGUUUAACAGAGAUCAGCUGUUCUGCUCUGGCCUCAGCUCUGAUGUCCAACCCCUCCCAUCUGAGAGAGCUGGACCUGAGAAGAAACACUAUUCAGGAUUCAGAUGUGAAGCUGCUGAGUGAUCUUCUGGAGAGUCCAGACUGCAGACUGGAGACUUUCAGACUUUCUGACUGUGGACUCUCAGAGACUCACUGUGAAGUCGUGGCCUCUGCUCUGAAGUCUGACCCCUCCCAUCUGAGAGAUCUGGACCUGAGUAUCAACGAUCUGGAGGAUUCAGGAGUGGAGCUGCUGAGUUCUGGACUAAAGAGUCCAAACUGCAGACUGGAGGCUCUCACACUGAGAGGCUGCUGUUUGUCAGAGAUCAGCUGUUCUGCUCUGGCCUCAGCUCUGAAGUCCAACAUCCAUCUGAGAGUUCUGGACCUGGGUGGCAACGAUCUGCAGGAUUCAGGAGUGGAGCUGCUGAGAGAUCUUCUGGAGAGUCCAGACUGCAGACUGGAGACUCUCAGUCUGGAGGGCUGCAGUUUGUCAGAGAUCAGCUGUUCUGCUCUGAUCUCAGCUCUGAAGUCCAACAUCCAUCUGAGACAUCUGGACCUGAGUCUCAACAAGCUGCAGGAUUCAGGAGUGGAGCCGCUGAGAGAUCUUCUGGAGAGCCCAGACUGCAGACUGGAGACUCUCAGGAUUAACGACAGGACGAUCAGAGCCAAGAUCCAGAAGACCUGUGACUCUGCUGUGGAACAGGAAGUGAAGACAGACAGAGAGGCUCCAGUUUCCUUCCCAUCUGAAAACACACCUGAAUCUUCAGACAGGUCCACGAGGACAAACGUCCCAAAGAAACGGUGCAUUUUGCAGUGAACAUCUGAUCAGAGCGUAUUCCAAAACGACAAAGAAAACCUGAACUGCUGAAACACUGUUAUAAAAGAAAUACAGCGAACAUGUACAUUUUACACUUUAAACUGUUAUAAUUCACAGAGAAAAUACAUUUGAAACCAGUAAAUAUAACAGUGUUUUUCUGGUGAAUUAGCAUGACGACGCUGAAUUUAAACAGAUUGAUUAUUUCAGUCAUUUUUCCUCAAAAUGUAUGAUGUAAUGUUUUCUGCUGUAUUAAUCACAAGAGCUUAACGUGAUAGUAACUUUUAAAUAUUGCAGCUCUGUCAUAAAAUCUGUUUCUAUAAAUCCUUAUUUACACUUUACAAGAUUAACCCUUAUGUCCUCCUCGGGCCUUUUUGUACCUUUUUUCAACUUUUGUUUUGUAUUUGGGGAUCGUUCAGCAGAGAAGAGGGUCCUGGGGUUGUGGGAGGGGUCAGUGAAGAUGUUGGAGAGGGAGGCCGAUUCAGUGGCAAUAAGAGCAUCUUUGUAAGCAUUGAGAUGGAGUUUGUGUGAGGGAUGUUUUCUUUGAAAGACGUUCAAGUUGGCGGCCUCGCUGCUUCAUUUGACGGAGUGCGGGUGUGAACCAGGGGGAGGAGGUCUUGAGAGUGACAGUUUUAUUUUUGAGGUGGGCUGGGGUGUUGAGGGAGGUGAGUAGGGUGGAGUUGAGGUGGGCUGGGGUGUUGAGGGAGGUGAGUAGGGUGGAGUUGAGGUGGGCUGG